ACUGUGAUCCUCAGCUCAAAGCCUAUGAUAGGUUAGAUAGGGGCUCUGCUGGGGCACUGGUCCGGACCUCUUGCCUCCACCUUGCGUGUAUAUAUAAUGAGGGAGAUGUAGAAAAAGAGAGCGAGCUAGACGUUAAGUAAGCAUCAGUAACCAAUGGCUGCGGUUCUUCUCUUGUGAUCGCGCGCAGCGUCAGAGCGGACUGAUGGCACAGCGCUUCAGGCAACGCCACAAACCUGCUUCUGCUCUACAAGCCAGAGGCUGGAGUCCCAUCUGCCUGCAUGAUCUACAGAUAAAUCUACUGUGGUGAAAUCAGGGACAGGUUCACUUCUCUGCAGCGGUCAUUGUCUCUGACUCGGUGUCUGUUAUUUAGAGAUGAUAUCGAAUUGACGUCAGUCAUCAUCCCUGGAUUUCCCUGGCCUUAUGUUGACAUGGCAACUGGAAGGAAAAGCUCCACUUCAAAAGGUGGAGUACGUUUCCCUGAUGAUGAUGAAGAUGCUCCCAUUAACAAUAGCUGUGAUGAAAAGCUUCAGGAUAAAGUCAUAACUGCUCUACCAGAGCCUGAUGGUGCAUAUCUUGUUAAGGUGGGAUUUUUAAGGAGCCAUCACAAAUAUGAAAUCAUCUUUUCUUUACCACAAGUCCCAACACUAGGGAAAGAUGUCUCCCUUUCCCCCGCACUACGCACUACUGCAAAACCACGACUACGUGCAACACUCAUCACACCACGGCCUGACGGGGGAGCGAGGGUGGUUUGUGAGUACAGCGCUCAGCAGGAGGGAGUGGUGCAAGAGGAACUCACCCUGGUCAACAGGAGCAGAAGAGACAGCAGCGUCCGAGUUCGAUUACAGGCCAGAGUCAUGGAUCGCCACCAUGGGACGCCAAUGUUACUUGAUGGAGUGCGGUGUGUUGGUGAAGAAAAACACACAAAAUAAUGACACAAAAGAUGUGACUAAAUCCAUUUGCUUGGGUAUAUGAUGAGAAUGAACCAAAAUGAAUGAAUCUAAGUACAUGUGAAUGUGAACAACCCAUCUCACACCCAUUCAUGGAGGAUCACAAAUCAAUUGUAUUCGCUAUUCUAGAGUCUAUGCUAAUCCAUCAUGAAUUCAACUUUAGUUUUUAACUGAAUUUUAUUACAGGAGAAUUAAAUCAAAAAGCAAUUUAAAGAGAAAAAGCAAUACCAUUGCAUCUGGCCAAGGAUAACAUAUGUCACAAGUUCAGCUGAGUUCAGCUAUGUUAUGUUUGAUAGCCUAAUGAUGAUUUACUAUACAUUCACUAUAUUGAGUUUCUCAUUAGCCACAAUAUGGAACAAAAAAUGGUUGGCUGGUUACUUUAUUCUAUUUAAAAUGUAUAUCAAAAACAUGCAGACAACCUAGUUUAUUUAUUUAUUUUGCAGGUAUUACCUGAAUGCCUGAAGGUGGAAUUUAUGUAUAAUCAGCUGCAAAAUAUACACUUCAUAUAAAUAUAUAUAAUUAUAUGUCAUACUGUUGCUUAAAUGCUUUGCAACCAUAAUCAAUCAAUCAUCAAUCUUUCCCACUGCUGUGAUACAUUUCUCAAAUAUGAUGUGGUUUGUUAAUACAAAAAAGUAGGUUAUAUAAAACACUUGUUGAUUGCUUUGUGCACAAAUAAAUAAAGAUAAAGAUAUGUACUGCAGUGCAUUGACCUACUCAAACAUAUCUUGGCAAUUAACAAUACUGUCAUGCCCUGAGGGAACUUAAAGGCACAAUAUGUAAGUUUUUGCCGCUAGGGGCGUGUAUUCAAAAAAACAAAGGUGUAGUUUGAUAAAGCCCUUAACUGAAUGUGGAAUCAUGGUAGUUGUUGUCUUCAUCCCCACAGCCAAUGCAACUCGGGCAAAAAUCAUGUUCAUGGACGAGCUAAUGAUUUAUUAAUCUAGUAGUAUAAAGCAGGGUGAGACUGAAAGUCGUCCAAGUGAAAAGAGGCCGUUGAACGAGAAAUGCGUUGAUCAUUUCCUGCUUUUAUGAAGCCCCUCCCUUAGAAAUUGGUGAUGGGCUCUGAUUGGUUAGCUAGCCCAGUGUGUUGUGAUUGGCUAAAAUGCCUCUAGUGCACAUCUAAAAGUCCCCUCACCUCAUCGGCAUGUGUUCUGGUUGUAUUGUAAAUAACGGCACCAUUAAUAUCACUCAUCAGUUUGAGCCCGAUUGAGUAGCAGAGGAUAUUAUUCAAGAAGAUCGUGCAGAACCAGUGCAAGCAUGUCUUUUAAUGGUAGACCUAUGCUAUUUGUUCGUUGUUGUCUCAUAGAUAUGCUGUUAUUUGUAAAUGCUACUGCUAAUGUUAGCCUUCAAUAUAUGGUUUUAUCCUAAUUAAAGCUUUAAUACAAUAUGCAUGCACCUCCAUGUUUAACGCUGCUAAUAGCUAUGUGAAAAUAAGUGUAUAAUUUUAUAACAUAAGUAAAAAUUAGCCUGAAUGCACUGUAAGCCGCUUUGGAUAAAAGCAUCUGCUAAAUGCAUAAAUUUAAUUUUAAUUUAUUUAAUUUCAUUUUAAUUUUAUAAUUGGAACAGUUCAUUGUUGGAGCCAAGUUGAAUGAGACAGAGAGAGAGAGAGAUGCAAAGCGUGAUGCAAGAAAUAGUAUUAAGAACCACUGCUUUAGAAGCACUGAUUUCGAAACUUGUGAAUCCAUUAGAAUUGUUAGAAGACAGAAUCACGAUACAUAUAUGAAUAGAUUUUUACGUGCACUUAUAGUUUUUUCUUCCACUUCUCUAAAAUAGCGCGCGCAGGAUGGCUUCGCUCCCUUUGCUGCCUUUUCUCAAGUACAAGGUUUAUCUGGAUUUGUUACAUCACGAACCUGGGAAGUAACAUUUUGUAGUACCCACCAGCCAUUUUGCAUUAAAUUGCCAGAAUUUUAAAAGACGAUAUCUCCGUUUGCAUUAAACUUUCGGCUUCAUAACUCUGCAGAAAUUAUGUUCAAAUAGCAACAUUACACACUAACUAACAUUAAAAAAGUUCAAUCACAUUCAACCACCCCUUUAAGCAAUUUUAGGACAUUACCACCAAGUGAUAAAUGUAAUAGAAUCUUUUCAAUAAUUUUGAGAAAGUCAUUUUGAUAUUCAUUUCAUCCAGUAUGUUGGUUGUCCAGUAUCUAACUUAUUUCCUGUAUGGUAUUUUAACAGGAUUUUGACAUCUUUUUUUUUUUGCUAAAAUUUGUCUUGACCACACAGAUGCUCUUGGGACCAAGACACACAAAAGAUAUGAUGGAUUUAUAAGUAUUAUUGACAUUUCCUGAAGUAAAGUUGCAAUUUAAAACUGCUAAUUUGUCUAUGAAGUUGACCAACAUGAAGUGAGGUUUUAUAUCAGCAACCCUUUUAUAUUUUAAUAGAGUGAUUGCUCUACAUAGUUUUUGUUGUGGGCAGUAACAAGAAACGGUUUGUUUAAAUAUAUCACCUCACACCUAAUCUUUGGCUUGCAGAAGCAAGCAGUAAGGGAAAUAGCAGCUUAUAACAACACUAGAUGGUGUUACUUGUGUUUAUCUACAACA